CCUCCAACUCCAACCCUCUGUAAAGAUGCACACCAGUUCAGACCAGUCCCUAACCCGCUCCCUCACACCAAACCUCCACUUUCCAUCCAGCUGUGGUCCAAGUGGACAGGCGCAUGUCCAGUCCUCCCUGUCCCUCCCCGAGCCUGAGGCCUGGAGGAAGCCCAGCCCCGCUGCCCGUCAUGGCCUGGCACAAGGAGCCCGCUCCUGCUCACUGCAGGUCCCUAACGCCUCCUCGGAGUACCUGGGGCUGCCCCCUCGAGCAGCCAGCUUUGACGUGCCCUGUUGUCAGGAUGAGGUCUCGUCAGAUCAGGGUUCAGGGUCUCUGAGUCCGCAUGGUGGGCUGCGGCGGAGAGGGGGAUUGGUGGAGCAGAAGGACAUCAUCAUGGCUCACCAGGCUCACAAAAUCCAGAGCACACCGCAAGCCCGCAGGAAGGAGUGGGAAAUGGCUCGGUUUGGAGACGAGUCCGCUCCCACCACGGUGGACUCCGGGGAUGGGGACGUGGAGCACGGCGGGGACUCGCAGGACGCGGUUGCGGCGGGACUGACUGCCUCUAUGAAACAAGCGAAGGCGCAGCGGGCCCGGACCAUGGCUCUGUACAACCCCGUCCCCCACCGGCAGAACUGCCUCACCAUCAACAGGUCGCUCUUCAUAUUCGCAGAGGACAACAUCAUUAGGAAAUACGCACGGAGAAUCAUUGAGUGGCCACCAUUUGAGUACAUGAUCCUUGCCACCAUCACCGCCAACUGUGUCGUCCUGGCCUUGGAGCAGCACCUCCCUGGAGAGGAUAAGACCCCCAUGGCAAAGAGACUGGAGAAGACAGAGCCUUACUUCAUUGGGAUCUUCUGCUUUGAGGCGGGGAUCAAGCUUGUGGCUCUUGGUUUUGUUUUCCAUAAAGGCUCAUACCUGAGGAACGGCUGGAAUGUCAUGGACUUCAUAGUCGUUCUCAGCGGGAUCUUGGCCACUGCUGGUGCGCACAUGAACAUCCCAGUUGACCUUCGUACUCUAAGGGCGGUGCGAGUGCUGAGACCUCUCAAACUCGUAUCUGGGAUCCCCAGCCUGCAGAUUGUGCUGAAGUCCAUCAUGAAGGCCAUGAUCCCGCUGCUCCAGAUCGGCCUCCUUUUGUUCUUCGCCAUCCUCAUGUUCGCCAUCAUUGGCCUGGAGUUCUACAGCGGGAAACUUCAUCAUACCUGCUUGCCAUCUUAUGACAUCCUCGACAAUGAGACUGUGGACUCGUCAGAGUUGGCAUUUGCCUGUGGGGUGAGGAAGUGUCCAGAGAAUUAUGACUGCAACGACACCUGGAUCGGACCCAACGAUGGCAUCACGCAGUUCGACAACAUCUUGUUUGCUGUACUCACCGUUUUCCAGUGUAUAACCAUGGAGGGAUGGACGGCUGUUCUGUACAAUACAAACGAUGCCUUGGGUCCCACAUGGAACUGGAUUUACUUCAUCCCUCUCAUCAUUAUCGGCUCGUUCUUUGUGUUGAACUUGGUUUUGGGUGUGCUGUCUGGAGAGUUUGCUAAGGAGAGGGAGCGGGUGGAGAACAGGCGCGCCUUCAUGAAGCUUCGCCGCCAGCAACAGGUGGAGCGAGAACUGAACGGCUACCGAGCCUGGAUAGACAGGGCAGAGGAGGUGAUGCUGGCAGAGGAGAAUAAAAGCUCAGGGAGAUCGCCGUUAGAUGUGCUAAAGAGAGCGAGUAAGAAGACGGGAGCACGGAGAGGAGCCCCCGGGGACCCAAAGGUUACAGACACGUCUACUGCCAGUAUGUCUCGAUCCAGGAUGAACUUCCGCAGCGGCCGACGCGGCCCCGCUGCCUACCUGCGGCGUAAAGAGCGAAUGUUACGCAUCUCCAUCCGCCGCAUGGUGAAGACCGACACUUUCUACCUGAUGGUGCUCAGUCUUGUGGCUCUCAACACCAUCUGUGUGGCCAUUGUCCACCACAACCAGCCCAACUGGCUGACCAUCUUCCUCUACUAUGCAGAGUUUGUUUUCCUGGGGCUGUUUUUGGCUGAGAUGUUUUUGAAAAUGUAUGGUCUGGGUUUUCGGCUCUACUUUCACUCAUCUUUUAACUGCUUCGACUGUGGGGUCAUUGUAGGCAGCAUCUUUGAGGUAGUUUGGGGUUUCUUCAGGCCUGGCAUGUCGUUUGGGAUCAGUGUACUGAGGGCGCUGAGACUCCUGAGAAUUUUCAAGAUCACAAAAUACUGGGCAUCUCUCAGGAACUUGGUUGUGUCCCUCAUGAGCUCCAUGAAGUCCAUCAUCAGCCUGCUGUUUCUUCUCUUCCUCUUCAUCGUUGUGUUCGCUCUACUCGGGAUGCAGCUUUUUGGAGGAAGGUUCAUCUUUGAAGAUUACACUCCCACCAACUUUGACACAUUUCCAGCUGCCAUCAUGACAGUGUUUCAGAUUUUGACCGGCGAGGACUGGAAUGAGGUGAUGUAUAAUGGGAUCCGAUCCCAGGGUGGAGUGCAGUAUGGCAUGUGGUCGUCCAUCUACUUCAUAGUGCUCACCCUGUUUGGAAACUACACCCUGCUGAACGUCUUCUUGGCCAUCGCUGUAGAUAACCUCGCCAACGCACAGGAACUGACAAAGGAUGAAGAGGAGGAGGAAGCGUUUUUCAACCAGAGAUAUGCCAGAGGCAGAGACGGCCUGAUAUCUGAUGGGAGGAGAAGACCCUACCUAUACAGGAAACGAGCUAUCCAUCGAGGCCGGCCAAACUUCCCAGAGGAGGCUGAGGGUCCUCCAGGAGCCGCCGAUGAACAGCCCCUCAAUGGAGCAAAACCUUUUUCCAACCGUCGUGAUAGGAGGAGGAAGGUCAACAUGUCUGUGUGGGAGCAGAGAGCCAACCAGCUACGCAAACGUCGCCAGAUGGCGAGCAGAGAGGAGCUGUUUAGCAGCCCUACAGAGGAAACCGCUGAAACCCCUACCAUCGCCCACAACACCAACACCAUCUCCGAUGAGGCCAGCCCUGCUCACCUGCCUGAAUCCCCCAUGUCUGUGGGGAUGCCCCUCCCGGAGCCCCCCAUGUCCAUCUCCAUCCCCAUGCCGGAGCCUCCAACAGCUGAGCCUCUGGUCAACCUGAGCGAGGAGAAAACAGGAGGAGGAAACCACCGAGCUGCAGGCGGGGGCAGACACAGGAUGGGCCGCAAGUUCAGACCCAGUCAGGGGCCAGAGGAAGGGGCACGACACAGACGACACCGUCACAGAGAAGCUCGACCAGAAGCAAAGAGUCUGGACUGUUCUCAGACACCACAUGAGGUGCUUCAAGUGAGACGGUCGCUCAGCCAGGAGAGGAAGAUACUGGAUGAGAGGGAGGAGAAGGAGGAAAAGGAGGAGGCAGAAGGAGGGUUGGCCCAAGAUGACUGUGGAACAACUAUCAUCAACCCGUACGCAGAAGUCGGAGAAGACUGUUUCAGAUCUGCUGUACCUGGUGGCGACAUCCCCGACCCUCCUCAGUGUGAACAGCUGCUAGACUGUUCCUGGUCUGAGCAGGGCGAAGGUAGACACUCAGACCAGUACCAGUCCCUUUGCCAGAACAUGCCCGUGGAGUCUGCCCUGGAGGCUACAGAGUACACUGUGAGGACCAUCGAGUCAGAGAGCCGCCCCGUCUCCAUCAAACGAAACAAGUCCAACCUGGAGGGAAGUGUGGCCAUUGAAAUGUCUGCACAGCCUCUGCUGGAACUCACCCCCAUGACAGUGAACAAUAAAGAGUUGGAGGCAUACAACUCCGACCAGGACGACGACGACGACGACGACGACGAAACAGACGAAGAGGAGGAGGAGGAACCUCCACUUCCUCCCAAACAUGUAGCGCCAGACAGCAUGUUCAUCUUCAAAGCCUCCAACCCUAUCAGGAGGAUAUGUCACUAUGUGGUCACGAUGCGUUACUUUGAGAUGACCAUCCUACUCGUGAUUGUGGCGAGCAGCAUCGCACUGGCUGCUGAGGACCCUGUGUGCACCAAUUCAGACAGAAACAAGGUCCUUCGUUAUUUUGAUUAUGUCUUCACUGGAGUUUUUACCUUUGAAAUGAUCAUCAAGAUGAUAGACCAGGGUCUCAUUCUGCACGACGGCUCUUAUUUCCGAGACAUGUGGAACAUCCUGGACUUCAUCGUGGUGGUGGGAGCUCUCAUUGCCUUUGCUCUAACAAACAACAAAGGCAGAGACAUCAAAACUAUCAAGUCGCUCAGAGUUUUGAGAGUUCUGCGGCCUCUAAAAACCAUCAAGAGGCUUCCCAAACUAAAGGCGGUCUUUGACUGUGUGGUCACAUCUCUGAAGAACGUCUUUAAUAUCCUCAUCGUGUACCAGCUCUUCAUGUUCAUCUUUGCUGUCAUUGCUGUGCAGCUCUUCAAAGGGAAAUUCUUCUACUGCACCGACAGCUCCAUGAACUCAGAGAAGGAGUGCCAAGGCUACUACAUCGACUACACCCGAGACAAGAAGGAGGUGAAGAGACGAGAGUGGAGGAGACACGAGUUUCACUAUGACAAUGUCUGCUGGGCGCUCCUCACACUUUUCACUGUCUCAACCGGAGAGGGAUGGCCUCAGGUCCUGCAGCACUCCACUGAUGUUACAGAGGAGAACAUGGGGCCGAGUCGAGGGAACCGAAUGGAGAUGUCAGUUUUCUACGUGGUCUACUUCGUGGUCUUCCCUUUCUUCUUUGUCAACAUCUUCGUUGCUUUAAUCAUCAUCACCUUCCAGGAGCAGGGCGAUAAGAUGAUUCAGGAGUGCAGCCUGGAGAAGAACGAGAGGGCUUGCAUUGACUUUGCCAUCAGCGCCAAGCCGAUGACCCGCUACAUGCCUCAGAACAGACAGACCUUUCAGUACAGACUGUGGCACUUUGUGGCUUCGCCUUCUUUCGAGUACACAGUGCUCGUCAUGAUUGCUCUCAACACUGUGGUCCUCAUGAUGAAGUACCACUCGGCUCCAACAGCCUACGACAUGGUUCUCAAACACCUCAACUCGGCCUUCACUGUCCUGUUCUCCUUGGAGUGCAUCCUAAAAAUCAUGGCAUUUGGUUUAGUGAACUACUUUCGAGAUACUUGGAAUAUUUUCGAUUUCAUCACUGUGCUUGGCAGCAUCACUGAGAUAAUUGUGGAUUUACAGUCGGUGAACACCAUCAACAUGAGUUUUCUGAAGCUUUUCCGGGCAGCCAGGUUGAUCAAGCUGCUGAGACAGGGGUACACCAUCCGGAUUCUGCUCUGGACUUUUGUACAAUCUUUCAAGGCUCUGCCUUAUGUCUGUCUUCUCAUUGCAAUGCUUUUCUUUAUAUACGCCAUCAUUGGAAUGCAGGUGUUUGGAAACAUCAAGCUCAAUGAUGAAAGUCACAUCAACCAGCACAACAACUUUAAGACCUUUUUCAGUGCACUGAUGCUGCUCUUCAGGAGUGCAACAGGGGAAUCCUGGCAGGAAAUCAUGCUUUCAUGUCUGUCGGGUCAGGAGUGUGAACCGGACUCCUCCAUUGCCCCCCUCACCAUGUCUCCAGACCACGAGGGAGGCUGUGGGACAGACUUUGCUUACUGCUACUUUGUCUCAUUCAUCUUCUUCAGCUCUUUCCUGAUGUUGAAUCUGUUUGUGGCUGUGAUCAUGGAUAACUUUGAGUACCUCACAAGAGAUUCUUCAAUCCUGGGUCCGCAUCACCUGGAUGAGUUUGUCCGCAUCUGGGGGGAGUAUGAUCGUCUGGCAUGUGGUCGUAUCCACUACACAGCCAUGUACGAGAUGUUAACACACAUGUCGCCACCCCUGGGCUUGGGCAAGAAAUGUCCAGCAAAGAUUGCCUAUAAGAGGUUGGUGUUGAUGAACAUGCCUGUGGAUGAGGACAUGACGGUCCACUUCACCUCCACCCUGAUGUCACUCAUCCGCACAGCUUUGGAGGUCAAAAUAGCUCGAGGUGGAGAGGACCGUCUCGCUCUGGAUGCCGAACUCCAAAAAGAGAUCAGUAUCAUCUGGCCUUAUCUGCCCCAGAAGAAUUUGGAUCUACUGGUACCUAUCAACAAAGAUACAGACAUGACGGUGGGGAAGAUCUACGCUUCGAUGAUGAUAAUGGACUACUUCAAACAGAACAAAGCCAAGAAGCUCAGGCAACAACUCGAAGCUCAGAAGAGUAGCUUAAUGUUCAAGCGUCUGGAUGCGUCCACCCUCCCGGAGGACAUUCUGUCCAACAGCCAGACGCUGCCGAUGAUGGCCCACAGUGCCGGCUCAGCCCUGACCAGAGGAGGUUUUGUUGCUUUGAGCCCUAUCUCACCACAGGAACUUUUCAUGCAGCCCAUUAGCUCAGACGUGGAUGUUAGUCAACAGCAGAAUCUGGUGGGCGAGUGCAGUUUGGGGAUUGAAUCCCAACUGGAGGUUCCGCUAGGGAGGGGCCUGUGUGUGCGGGCCUCUUCCAUGCCCCGUCUGGCUAUAGAUUUGCAGCAGUCAGAGGUUGCAGGCGGCUCCAUGAAGCGCUCGGUCUCCACUGUUGCCGAUCAGCGGGUGAACGGUCUUUGGCAAGACGAGAAGAGUCCGGAGCGAAUUUAUCGACCUCGCCACAAAAGCUACAAGGCUGCUGUUUCUCGUUCUGAGCACUGGCAGAAGGGAGACAGGGAGCGUGGCAGGUCUAAGGAGCGCUGCCAUCUCCUCUCUCCUGGUGCCUCUCGCUGUAACUCAGAGGAAAGGAACUUGCAGCCCUCGAGAUCCUCUAGUGCGGAGAGAGCACAGCCCCGAGAUAAACAGGGCAACAGCUCGGACAGUCCGGUGCCCUCCACCUCAGAGUCCAGCACUCCCAGCGGCCGAAGACCUUUAUCACAGACCCCAACUCGCUCUCGCCCUCACAUUACCUACUCUCCGCUCGUGAGUCGCAAGCACCCCUCCGUCGGCGAGGACGAGGAUGGACAAGGCAGCCCAGAGACCACGAGGCGGGGCAAGCUCACCUGGGAGACCGAAGAGGGGGUUGCUGAUGAGAUCCGAAGCGAUGAAGGCCACCACCCUUCCCCACCUCGACGCUACCCCUCUGAGCCGUUCCUGGCGUCUCAGGAUGACGACCACAGCCCUGACCCCUCUGGUCACAUGGAGACAUUGACCUUCGAGGCUGCCGUGGCCUGCAGCCUGGGACGAUCAAACACUGUCAGCUCAGCCCGCCCGCGCUUGCGGACCGGCUGGCAGGUCCCCAAUGGACAUUUCCGGAAGCGUUUGGGGCAGACAGCCUCUGUGGGUGGCUGCGAUCCUCUCAGCGACACAGAGGAGGACGACAGGUGCUAGGGACAGGGGGCUCAGCAUGUCGGAAAAAUCCCGGAGAGUUGUGUGAGACGAACCUGUACAACAGAGUACAGAGUCAAAGUUAUUGUGACUCAUUUUGCACCCAUGCUUCGAGGGCAUGCUCCCUCUGGAUGUUUGGUAAAAUGUGAACCCAAAACAAAGAGGAAAGAUCAAUACUUCCUGAAACUGUAGUUGCCAAUUCACACUGAACACUGACAUUGAAGAAGGUCUAGUUCCUGACUUGUACUUGAUGAUAGAGAGUAAUAACACAUCUCAAAUAAUCAUGAGAUGCAGAAAAUUAGCGACUGGAUGAAAUUGUCAUUUGUGUCAAUAGAUAUUUUCAUUUCUGAACAUGUUUCUAAAUGAUUCAGUGUGGCUCUAUCAGUAUUUAUCUGUGGGGUGUGUGAAUAUGUAACUACAUUUUCUCAAAAAUGAUUGUUCUGUAAAUACAUUGUGAUCAUCUAACCAUUGCCGUUGAUAAAACCAGAUCAAUACAACAAGCCAUCUUGAAGAGGCAAUCUGAUAUUUUACCAGACAAUGUGGAUACUAAUAAGUAACACUCAAUAAUGCUGGAUUUUUUUACAGUAUGAAUGAAUGUGCACGGGAAUAAACUGCCUGAUUUUCCCCGUCAUUUUUUUUCCUUUUGGUAUUGAACAUAAUAAGUUGUGAGAUAUGAAUACAGUUAUAGAACAACAUAGAACAGAUGCUUAUUUGUUACUUCACCCUAUAUUAUUGUUAAAUCAUUCCUCCUACAAACCUUUAACAUUUUUGAAUUAUUCUUCAGUACACUCGGUCUAUUUUUUUUCAGUCUACUCCUUUUAAAUCUGAAUUUUUAAACAAACAUAUUUAACAUUUGGUUUUGAGAAAUAGUCGGUGUGUAAAUUCACCAUUAACUGAUAUGAAAAGUAAAAGAUCUCUCAUCUAUUUUCACCUUUAUUCUUCCUUGUGAAUAUAAUGCAUCACUGCAGACGAUGACUGUAGAAACACUGUAGACACAUCAUGACCCGUUUUGCUUCAUUAACAAAUUAACAUUACUCUAUUACUUACUAAUAAUGUACAGAGAAUUUACGCUGUUUGUAACUUUUAGAAGAAAAAAAAUCAACAGUAUCAGCUGAUGAGCUUUAAAGGUAAAGGAAUCUUUGGAAAUGUUCAUUUAAUGUGUUUUUGUUUUAUUUGCCUGAACAAGGACAACUCUGUGAAACUCACUUAACCAAAAAAAAACCAUGCAGAUGUGUAUGAUAAGUUCCUGGAAUGCAAAUACUUUGUGGGUUUUUAUGUGUACAAUAGCUGUAUAUAAAAAUAAAGGUGUCCUCAAGUUGC